CCAUUAAACAAUCCCGCAACCGGUCAGGGUUGGGGUCAAGUCUUCUUUCGUAUUGUUUGUUUCGUUGUUAUAAUCUCCGUUUUCGUUAUUAAUCUGAGUGUUAACCAAAUUUUAUUUGGGAGGUGUUUACGUCUGUUAAUUGAUGAAGAGUGUCGGUAUACAUAAAAAUGGAGUUGGAGAGCCACAGUCAACCAUGUUCAACCUUCAAGAAGAGAAGCUUGUCCGAGAGCUACUUGAGAGACGGGUGUGGAAUCGAUUUUCCCUUUCGCAAAAUCUCAGUCGAUGACAGUUACUUGAUUUUAACAAGUCAGAAUGAUACCCGGGAUUGUCCUUUAGAAAUAGCUGAUCUGACUGAUAUAGACCUCACUUGUCCAGAUGAUACUAUUGUAGCCAGUGCAAGUACUGGGAUGUCUCUCUCGCAUUCUGUGAAUCGCUUGGGCAUAAAUGAAAUGCACCCAUUUGCACUGGAAUUAACUUCAAAUGGUAAUGCUAAUUUUGAAGUUAUGUCAAAAUUACCUCUUGGAGAAUCCAACUUGAACAUUACUAUGGCAAGCUGUGGUACCAUGUGUCGCAUUUGCCUUGAAGGUGAUGGCCAAGAAGAGUUGAUAUCACCAUGCAAAUGCAGUGGCUCUCUGGCACUCAUUCAUAAGAGCUGCCUGGAAAAGUGGUUGAAUUUAUCCAACUGCGACACUUGUGAAUUGUGUCGUUACGUCUUUACUGUUGACCGCACGCCCAAACCUUUUUGGCAGCUUGCGUUGUGCAAUAACAGAGAGUUGAGGAGAUCUGUGGCCAUAGACUUCCUCUGCUUCAUGAUUUUGACACCUCUGGUAGCCAUGUCGUUGUAUCUUUGCGUCAGCACUGCAAUAUUUUACAAAAAUAAUGCUGAGAACCACGAGAAAGUCGUACCAAUACAUCUGGAACCAAGCUAUUGGAAAGCAUGGGAGGUCCAACAAAUUUUGAGGGAUCAUAGAAACCUCACUGCCAAAACAGAGGGUAGCGAAUCUUCCAAAACUGGUCCUGCCUGGGAUAUAAUUGGUCUCUCUUUACUAGCUGUAAUUCUUGUUGCCAUAUAUUUAUCUUGGCUGAUUGCUGCUGCUGUUUAUUACACAAGAAUUCUGAGAGUUUGGCGCCAUGCUAACCAGGAACUUGUUUUGUCCGAAAAUCACCGGAGACCGAGCUGCUUUUCUGUUUUAAGUAAUACUUACCAGCAGAUGGAAGAAGUAGACAACCAUGAAAACAUAUCGCCAGUAAUUAGUUCUCAUGGAACUAUCCCUCGUAUACAUGUAGAAGAUGCAGAUUUGCCAAACCCUACUAAUUCAGUAGAUAUAGAAUCUAGAAGAGCAUCUAGAAGAGAUUAAAUACUUUAAUAUAUUAAUCUCCAAAUGAUGAUGGUGCUGAAUGUGAUGAGGCGAGUCACAUGACAAAUUGAUGUUCAUAUAAGCUUGAUUUUAACAAGGGGGCCAACUGGAUACAUUGGAUAUGCAAUUAUGCUUCAGUCUCUUUGAAAGGGAUACUUAAUAUUGUACCUCUUAAUGUUUAAGUAUUUUAAUCCUAAUUUAAUUGAGCUAAAUUUUUUUUGUUAAUAUUGUGUAACUUAAUGACUGGUAUUUUAUCCUGAAUCAUAAUUUGAGAUAUAAUUAAUUUUAUCAGUUUAAAUGUAACUUUAAUGACUAAAAAUUUUAUCUUGGCUUGAUUUUGGAACAUGUAUUCUGUUUUAUUAAUAAAGACAUAAGAAUUUU